GAAGCCGGAGAAGGGGAUCCAGUACCUGAUCGAGAGGGGGUUCCUGUCCGACACCCCCGUGGGCGUCGCCCACUUCAUCCUGGAGCGCAAGGGGCUGAGCCGGCAGAUGAUCGGGGAGUUCCUGGGCAACCGGCAGAAGCAGUUCAACCGCGACGUCCUCGACUGCGUGGUGGACGAGAUGGAUUUCUCGGGGAUGGAGCUGGACGAGGCCCUGCGGAAGUUCCAGUCCCACAUCCGGGUGCAGGGGGAGGCGCAGAAGGUCGAGCGCCUGAUCGAGGCCUUCAGCCAGCGUUACUGCGUGUGCAACGCGGCCCUGCUGCGCCAGUUCCGCAACCCCGACACCAUCUUCAUCCUGGCCUUCGCCAUCAUCCUGCUCAACACCGACAUGUACAGCCCCAGCGUCAAGGCCGAGCGCAAGAUGAAGCUCGAGGACUUCAUCAAGAACCUGCGGGGUGAGGCCACCACAGUCCUGCCGACGUCCCCUCCGUGUCCCCUCCGUGUCCCCUCGGCAUCCCCUUG